CAGACAGCAGUGAACACACAACAGCAACAGAAAGAACCUUAGCAACAGCACUGGCCGGCGUUUUGUGUGGACGCCACCGCAUGGACGUGUGAGGAGCGGGAUGUCCUACAGCCGCUGGACAUGACACCGAGAUGACUCACCGGUGGCUUGGACAUCUGUGACUCCAUAAAAGAUGAGGCUUGCUCAGUUUGUCAGAUUUGUCAUCGCUUGCAAUGAUUGUUACUGUAGAAACAAGCCACACUGACAUGGACAACAAACUAUAGCGAAUCAUGGCUGCUGCUUUUUGCAUCACACUCACUAAAUAACUGAUCGGCAUAAAAUCAUUAAGUUAGUUUUGAAUGGCUCUCAGUUAACAACCAGUGCUGACAAUGUCACUGGGUGAGCAGUCUCAGAAGUGGUUUCCCACCCAUGUCCAAGCCACUGUUCUCCAAGCGAACGGUUUACAGCCAAAGGGCAAACAUGGCACCAACGAUGGCUACACUAUCAUUCAGCUGGGCAAGGAGAAGUACUCGACAUCAGUGGCAGAGAAGACACUCAGUCCAGUCUGGAAAGAAGAAGCCUCCUUUGAGCUACCUGGUCUGCUCAUGGAGGGCAACCCCGAAGUGUAUGAACUCUGCUUCAUAGUGAUGCAUCGCUCCCUGGUCGGGAUGGACAAGUUUCUGGGUCAGAGGUCCAUCAACCUGAAUGAAAUCUUUGAUAACAAGGAGAGGAAGAAAACUGACUGGUAUUCCCUGCAGUCCAGGCCGGGAAAGAAGAGGAAAGAACGAGGCCGCAUCCAAGUCAGCAUCCAGUUCAUGAGGAACAACAUGACGGCCAGCAUGUUUGACCUCUCCAUGAAGGAGAAGCCACGCUCGCCUUUCUCUAAGCUUAAAGACAAGAUGAAAGGUCGUAAACAUGACAGUGGCUUCGGUGACACGUCUUCAGCCAUCCUGCCUCGCUCCGCCGCAUGUGACCUGGAGCCCGACCAUCAGUCGCUUGGUCCAGACCCACAGACCAAGCCUGAAACAAAGGUGAAGAGGCCGCUACUCGCUGGGGGCCAUAAACUCUCUGCGGCCCAUUCCAUGUCCGAUCUCAUUGGCACACCCUCCCGAUCCAAACAGGACUCAACAGAAGAAAGUGGUGGACCUCACAGGCGUUCCCAGAGCGAGGUGCCAGGCUAUCAGGACGGUGAGGCACACAGUGACCCUUUUACUGAUAUCAGUGACACCCUGCCACAGAAGUAUGCCACGCUCCCACGCAACCGCAACCCAUUUGAGGGGGAGCAAGGGCAGCUGUGGGACCGCGGAGAGCGGAAGGAGAAAAAAGAGAAGGUCAGCUUACUGGAACGCGUGACGGGAAAGAAGGAAGGCCGCAAGACCAACAGCGAUGGCCGAUCAGGCAGCUCUGGUGACCUGCGUUCCCCCAACCCCUUCAGCGGUGACCCACAAACAGAAACUAACCCCUUCACCUCCAACUACAAAGCCCGCUAUGGAAAGUCCCCAGGAAAGGAAGACUUCACAUUUGGCCAGAAGAAGAAGAAGGACAUGCAAGGCAAGAAAAAUGAGCCGACAAAGGAAAGCGUGGCGGCCUAUAGCAACUUGUCUUUUGAGGAAGUUGUGCAGGAUCUAAUCAAGCAGAAAGAAGUGGUGAAAAAGAAAGACGCCCACAUCAGGGAGCUGGAAGACUACAUCGACAACCUCCUAGUACGAGUCAUGGAAGAGACGCCGAUGAUACUGCGGACACCCUAUGAGCAAAACAAGAAGGCGGGUAAACUUAAUAAAAAGUAGUAAGAAGCAAAGGAACAUGAGGAUAAAAAGCUACAAAUGAAGUUGAAAUGGUAGCUCAUGUAUCAGUAUCAUGGUAAAAUAAUUGGGAUUAAAUGGUUUAGAUCAAGGCCAACAUUUAUGAUUGAGCUAUGUCGUACCAUUUUUACUGGAUGGAGGUGGUUCUUAAAGACUUUU